AUGGCAUCCAGUAUUCUCCCAGAAAUGACGUUGCCAUCAUUAAAAGUGAAAAUAAAUGGAAGGCUUCGAACAGCAUUAAUUGAUUCUGGAUGCUCCAUUACUGUGGUUCAUGCUGAGUCCGCGCAUGGGCUUGUGUUAAAAAGUCAAAAACUUAUCACAACUUUGGGAGGAACUGUGCAAGUGCUGGGUGAAAUGGUAAUCAAUCUGGAAAUGGAUGGAAUACACCGGAUGGUUAAUUCUCUGGUUGUAAAAGAAAAACCAUUUGGGUUUGAUUUGAUUUUUGGAAUGAAUGCAAUUAAAAAAUUUGGAGGAGUUAUCAUUUAUGGUAAUAAAAACUGUAACGUCCGAAUGUUAGCAUGUGACAAAGCGAAAUGUGGUGACUCUGGUAUUUUUGUACCAUAUAACGAACUAAUAUUGAGACCACCAAAAGUAUUGAUACCGCUUAUGUGCGUAGUGCAAGAAAACAAGGACAAAAAGGUACGUCCAGUGGGAGAUUUCCGAGCUCUCAACGAAUUUGUAAAUUGUCAUACGGCAAAUGCGGACGUUUGUCAAGAAAAACUGCGUUGCUUGAGAAAAAUAAAAAAUGCAAAAAUUCUCGAUCUUAAAAAAGCCUACCUCCAAAUUCAUAUUGAUAAAAAACUUUGGCCAUAUCAAACGGUGAUUAUAAAUCGGCAACGGUAUUGUUUUACCAGGAUGUGUUUUGGCAUCAAUGUGACUCCAACAAUAAUGACCACAAUUUUUCGGCAUGUGCUCAAUUUAAAUCCAACCGUAAAGAAAGCAUGUGAUAACUACAUUGAUGAUAUUUUUGUGGAUGAAAACGUGGAAACUGCAAAAAAUGUAGCGAAGCAUCUGCUUAAAUUCGGAUUACAAUGUAAACCUCCACAAGAUCUUGAACAAGGACGUGUCUUAGGAUUGAGAGUCGAAAGAAAUAAAAAUGGGGAACUGAUAUGGAAACGAGACAAUGUGGUACAAUUCGAAUCUUUAAAUGCAGUCACACGAUCACAGCUUUUCAGCCAGUUAGGCAAACUUAUUGGACAUUACCCAGUGGCAGGAAGUUUGCGUUUACAAGCUUCAUACAUCAAACGUUUAGCUGGAAAUAUACCUUGGUGUGAUUUUAUUUCUGAAGAUUGUAAAGAAAAACUGAAAGAGUUGCUUUACCGUGUGGAAAAAGAGGAUCCGGUUGGUGGAAAAUGGCUGGUACCAGUUAAUGGAAAAGCUGAGCUUUAUUGUGAUGCAUCAUCUAUAGGACUUGGGGUAGUUCUGCUUAUUGGUGGAGUAGUUGUUGAAGACGCAGCAUGGCUACGGCCAGCGAGUGACACACACCAUAUCAAUAUAAGUGAACUGGAUUCUAUACUUCGAGGACUAAACUUAGCUAGUAAGUGGGGCAUAAAAGAGUUAACAGUAUACAGUGAUAGCAAGAGCACCGUAGAAUGGUUAAACGCAGUUUUGAAGGAAGAAUAUCGCGUAAAAACUCGGGGAAUUUCUCAAUUGUUAGUACAAAGACGAUUGAAUACUAUUAAGGAAGUGGCAAAAGAUAUUCAGAUCGCAGUACAAUGGAUUCCAUCUGAGAUAAAUUUGGCUGAUCGACUCUCACGAAUCCCUCAAAAAUGGUGCAGAACAGUGUGUGCAGCUGGAUUACUUGAACAAAAAGACAUGGAAAAUUCAUUCAAUUGGUCAUUUUGGUGUUGCUCGAACAUUACAACUUUGCUUGCGAAAUAA